AUGUCUCGGCGGGCCCUACCGCGCGAGUACUUCGAAGAGGAGGAAUUCGAGGUCGAACGGGAGCGAGAUCGGUAUCCACGAUCACGUCGACGGGAGCGUGAGUUUGAUGAGGAUGUCGAGUAUCGCCGACGCCGAUCAAUGCCUCCCGUCGAAGAUCUGGAGCGCAUGCAUAUCCGGGAUCGUCCACCACGCGACUUUGUCCGAGAGAGCUUUGCCCCGCCAAGGGAUUGGGGGCCCAUGGUGAGAAGAGAGAGAGAUGAGCUGGAAGAGCCACUACCAGGUCCUGAUCCAGAGGAAUAUCGGGUGCGCUCAUCACGCCGGCGCGGUAGUCAGAGUCACCGGCCUCGCGAAGUCGUCGAGGAAGAGGAGUCUGAGUUGAUCAUCGGGGGAGCGAGAGAGGCGCGGCAAUCGACGAUAUCGGAGACCGCGUGA